UGGUAUUUUUCUGGGUGGUCACGUGGUCAUCAUCCGUCACCAUCCAAAAUGGCUGCGCCCUGCAGAACAGAUGCAAUAUUUGAAACUGUAGUUGAAGAGAUUGAGACAAAUGAAAUGUGUUCGAAGAAGGCUGCGUCGUUGGCACCUCUUGUUUUGCAUAUGGUGGCUGAAUGUCCAGUGACCAAAGCCAGAGUCUGCGAUCUCACAUUGCCACACUGUACCGUGAAUACACCGGUGUUCAUGCCCGUUGGCACUCAAGGCACACUCAAGGGAAUAACUGUCGACCAACUAGAGGAGCUCAACUGUCAAAUAUGCCUUGGCAAUACCUAUCAUUUGGGUAUGAGACCGGGUCCUGAAUUAAUUGAUAAAGCAAAUGGCCUUCAUGGUUUCAUGAACUGGAAAAGAAAUCUUUUAACGGACAGCGGAGGGUUUCAAAUGGUGUCUCUGGUUGAGCUGUCAGAAGUCACAGAAGAGGGGGUGAAGUUUCGUUCCCCAUAUGAUGGCAAGGAAAUCCUCCUGACACCUGAACAGUCAAUCGCUAUACAAAACAGUCUUGGGUCCGACAUAAUGAUGCAGCUGGAUGACGUGGUCAGCAGCACUGUAACAGGGCCUCGAGUGGAAGAGGCGAUGCACCGGUCGAUCCGCUGGCUAGACCGCUCUAUAGCAGCCAACAAGAACCCUGACCGACAGAACUUGUUUGCCAUCAUACAGGGAGGGCUUAACUCCCAGUUGCGCAAAGCAUGCUUAGAGGAGAUGACGAAACGCGACGUCCCUGGUUUUGCCAUCGGGGGUUUGAGUGGUGGGGAGGAAAAGGAUGAUUUCUGGAAAAUGGUGACCCUCAGCACAGACCACUUGCCCCGCUGCAAACCCCGUUACCUGAUGGGUGUUGGCUAUGCAGUGGACCUGGUGGUGUGUGUGGCUCUUGGGUGUGACAUGUUUGACUGUGUCUUUCCCACUCGCACAGCGAGGUUUGGCUCGGCGCUGGUACCCUGGGGAUCUCUGCAGCUCAAAACGAAGCAGUUUGCCAAAGACUUCCAGCCCAUUGAUCAAGAGUGCCAGUGUGCCACCUGUAGAAGACACACGCGGGCCUACCUUCAUGCACUGCUAAAAUGCGAUACAGCUGGAAUGCACCAUAUAACUGUCCACAACAUUUCUUACCAGCUUACCCUGAUGCGCUCAGUGCGUGAAAGUAUUAUUGAGAAGAGGUUCCCGGAGUUUGUGAAGUCUUUCAUGAAGAGAAUGUUUCCUACAUCAGACCAGUACCCCAGGUGGGCUGUGGAGGCGCUUGCUUCAGUAAACAUCACCCUGGACUAGCCUUUGCAGGCUGCCCAGCAGCUGUUGUCUAGUGACACUGAAGAAAAAUGGACCUCCUUUUUUAUUGCUCAGGACUUCUUUUUGCCCAAUGCCCAACACCUGCUCAUGUUUUUUAACCUACUUUCCUUUUCCUCUUUUUUACAGUUUAGUUUUAUUUCCAUUUCUGUCCAGGUUUGUUUGAGUGGUACAAGUUUCAAAAGACAUAUUCAUUGAGACACUGUUUCUUUGAACAGCAUCCUGCUGAAAUGUUACUGGGGCAAAAAAAUGAAUCGCGCCAAAUUAAUUCUCACUUUAGACAUAAAAACAUCCAUCUAUGAGAUAUUUAAGCUUUUUCUACUAGCAAUUUUAACUGCUUCUAUUUUGUAAUCAGCCAUUAAAAUAUUAAAUGUUGAUUUAGAAUUCC